UCAUUCAGGGAAAGCAUGAAGUUGUUCAUUCUGGUGGCUCUGUUCGGGCUCGGCCUCGCCCAGCACAACCCUCACACCAAGCACGGCAGGACGGCCAUCAUCCACCUGUUUGAGUGGCGCUGGGCGGACAUCGCUGCAGAGUGUGAGCGCUUCUUGGGUCCAAAUGGCUUUGGUGGAGUUCAGAUCUCCCCUCCAAAUGAGCACAUUGUGCUGAACAGUCCCUGGAGGCCCUGGUGGCAGAGAUACCAACCAACCGGCUACAACCUGUGCUCCAGAUCCGGCAAUGAGAACGAGCUGAGGGACAUGAUCACCAGAUGCAACAACGUUGGGGUCAACAUCUAUGUGGACGCUGUCAUCAACCACAUGUGCAGAGCUGGCAGUGGAGAGGGUACCCACUCCUCAUGCGGAGGCUGGUUCAGUGCUAACAGAAAGGACUUCCCCAGUGUUCCCUACUCUCAUUGGGACUUCAAUGACCACAAAUGCAGGACUGGC